GUCGAAUUCCACGAGUCGGAUUGGCUAGCGAGAAUCAUUGUGACACGAAUACAGCUGGGUCGGCGGCAUGAGGGACCCGGACCGCGGCACGGACGACUUGCCGCCGGUCGAUAGCCCGACCGAUCAUGCAAAAGUUGUUUCCAAGUUAAUGAAACACUCCAACACGUUGACUCACGUUACGCCAGACGACGACUCGGCGCUUCAUCCUGGCCACUUCAAGAGGAAAACCAACAAGUUGCCGACACCGGUUUGGUUGGAUGAUUCGUUUGAAGCGUCCAAGGGCACGUCCGCGUUGACCCUUCCCGCUCAACUGGCAAAGGAAGUGCAUGCUUUUGUCGCUUACACGAACGCUCAAGUGGAAGCGGCGCAAACGACGGUCCAAGACAACCUCACGCGGUUGAAUGCAUGCUUGGAGAAGCAAUGGCCCGACACAAGUUGCCACGCGACGUGCUUUGGGUCAUUUGCCUCGGGUCUAUGGCUUCCAACGAGUGAUGUGGAUGUCGUCGUCCACGGUAUUCCGUCUGCAUCGCCGACGGGCCAGUACACGACGGCCCAAGAUGUUCUCGCUGCAAUGUUGUCCACCGAACCAUGGGUGCGCCAUGCGUCGGUGGUUGGGACAAAGGUCAUGGUGGUCAAAGUGAUACUAAAAAGUUGCGGGCGGCGCAUGGACAUUGCUGUCGCGACGUCGGAUACGCAGCAUGGCCUGGCCGCGACCGAGAUCGUUCGCGCGGCGGUGACAUCGAUGCCGCUCUUGAGGCCCCUCGUCCUCGUCGUCAAGACCUUUCUUCGCGAGAAAGGGCUCAACAAUGCAUUCACGGGUGGUCUCAGCUCGUACGCACUCGUACUCCUGUGUUUGCACUACCUCUUUCACCGCCCCCACGGCCCCAGUUCAUCCUGCUCUUGGUCUUCGGCCGACGACGACGACGACGACGACGAACUCAGCAAGGUCCUUCUCGGCUUUCUCGAGUACUAUGGAACAGUUUACGACCAUUUUCGCACUGGAAUUACAUGGUUUGUCAAUCCUCUGGGCCAUCUCGAGUCGGUCGAGUACGAGCGCAAGGUCCGGCCAGGCCACGCCCCCAAGUGCCAUCUCGUCCUCGACGACCCCGUCCACCCCGACGACCGCGGCGUCUUCAAUGUUGGUGCUGGCGCGUAUGCGAUGGCCCGCGUCGUGCUGGCGUUCGAAAAUGCAUUCUACGCGACGACCUUCCAUCGCGCGUCCCGAUUUACUCCGACGCCGUUGAGUCAGCUCAUCCACUGGACUGGACCGCUCUCGUCAUCUGCAGUGUAGCCACUCCGUGCCAUAUAAAACAGACAUAGUUGGUCGCAAAAGAGCGGUGGAUUUUUCGAGCAUCGCGUCGGGAUCCUCGGAAGGUUGCAUGGAUCGAAUGUGUGGACGCAGUGGCUCGGCAUCAAACAUGCUGCGCGUGAAACACAGUUCAUGCAGCCGCACCAAUAGAUUUUGUGAAUGUUCAUCCUG